CCCUCCCCCCUUCCAUGACCGUUGGGCUUCAAUCGUCGCCCUGCACCGCGAUCGUUGUGACUCGGCAGCAAUGCCGUCACCUGGGCACACCCAAACCACUGGAAGCCCCCUGAGAACGUAGGUGACCCCCAGGGCGUGGAGGCAGGGAAGAGCCUUGAACUGUGAGGGGCCGUUAACUCUAAGAUGUCCUUGAGCAGCGGAGCUUCCGGAGGGAAAGGAAUUGAUGCGAACCCGGUUGAGACGUACGACAGCGGUGAUGAAUGGGACAUUGGUGUAGGGAAUCUCAUCAUUGACCUGGACGCUGAUUUGGAGAAGGAUCAGCAGAAAUUGGAAAUGUCGGGCUCCAAAGAGGUCGGGCUUCCGGCACCCAAUGCGGUGGCAACCUUACCGGAUAACAUCAAGUUUGUGAGCCCGGUGCCGGGCCCGCAGGGCAAGGAAGGCAAAUCCAAGUCGAAAAGGAGCAAGAGUAGCAAGGACAGUGGCAAGCCAACCCCGGGGACCUCCUUGUUCACUCCCAGUGAGGGAGCUGGUGGCAAGAAGGAGGCUCAAGGACGCUCUGGGGAUGGCACGAAUUCGGGUGGCUUGGUGCCCACCGUCACCCCCAAGGGCUCGGAGAAGUCGGCCAAGGCGUCUCGCAGCGUGGCUGGCUCCAAGAAGGAGAAGGAGGGAGGCUCAUCCAAAAGCAAGAAGGAAAGAAGUGAGGGUGCAGGGGCUGUGGCAGAGAAGGAGCCCAGCGUGCUGCAGCCUCUGGCCCUGGCAGUGAGGGUGGGACAGUAUGAUGGGGGCCAGGCGACAGAGCCUGCUGCUACCGAGCAGCUUGGGAGUAUAGCUAUUGACACAGGAGCUGCACUCAAUCCCUUGGGAGUUAAGUCGGAGAUGGAGGAUGGGGAAAGUGAGUGCCGGCAGCUGAAGAAGGUGAAGUCGGAGAAGAUGGAGUCUCCAGUCUCUACACCUGCAGUGUUGCCUUUGCACCUCCUUGUCCCUGUUGUCAACAAUGACAUCUCCUCCCCGUGUGAGCAGAUCAUGGUACGCACCCGCUCAGUGGGGGUGAACACCUGUGAUGUGGCCUUGGCCACUGAGCCUGAGUGCUUGGGCCCCUGUGAGCCUGGAACCAGUGUGAACCUGGAGGGCAUUGUCUGGCAAGAGACAGAGGAUGGUAUGCUGGUGGUCAAUGUCACUUGGAGGAACAAGACAUACGUGGGGACACUGCUGGACUGCACACAGCACGACUGGGCACCUCCCCGGUUCUGUGACUCUCCCACCAGCGACCUGGAGAUGCGCAACGGUCGGGGCAGGGGCAAACGCAUGCGCCCCAACAGCAACACACCUGUCAGCGAGGCAGCCGCUGCCUCCGAGAGCAAAGGGAGCAGCAACAGCAGCAAGACACGGGCAGGAGCCAACAGCAAAGGGCGCCGGGGAAGCCAGAACUCCUCAGACCACCGCACCCCACCCGGUGGCACGGCAGAGGAUGUGAAGGCCAGUCCCUCCUCUGUCACCAAGCGGAAGAGCAAACCCCUCUCUGACAUGGAGCUGAACUCCAGCUCAGAGGACUCCAAGGGCAGCAAACGGAUCCGCACAAACUCAAUGGGCUCAGCGGCCAUGCCCCCCACCACAGCCAAGGUGGAGCCGGCUGUCCUGGACCGGAACUGCCCUUCUCCCAUCCUCAUCGACUGUCCCCACCCAAACUGUAACAAGAAGUACAAGCACAUCAAUGGGCUGAAGUACCACCAGGCCCACGCGCACACAGAUGACGACAGCAAGCUGGAGGCAGACGUGGACAGCGAGUAUGGUGAGGAACCCUCCCUGCACGCAGACAUUGGGAGCUGCAAUGGUGCUGCCAGUGCUCAGAAGGGCUCACUCUCACCGGCACGCUCUGCCACCCCCAAGGUGCGCCUGAUGGAGCCCCACAGUCCCUCCCCAUCCAGCAAGUUCAGCACCAAGGUCCCCUGCAAGAAGAAGCUGGGUGGGGAAGGAGACACUGACCCAGGUGCCCUGUCCAAUGAUGGCUCUGAGGAUGGUCCCUCAGUGGCUGAUGAGACAAGUAACGAUGGCUUUGACUCUCUAGAGAAGCGAUGUGUUGAUAAAGACAAGUCAAAGAAGGCAUCCGGUGCUAAGCCAGAGAAGAUCCCUUCCAAAAGCUUGAAGUCAGCCAGGCCCAUUGCACCAGCCAUCCCCCCCCAGCCCAUUUACACCUUCCAGACAGCCACCCUCACCACAGCCAGCCCUGGUUCCUCCACGGGCCUCGCCACCACAGUGGUGCAGACCAUGCCCAACAGCCCUCAGCUCAAACCCAUCCAGCCCAAGCCUACGGUGAUGGGAGAGCCCUUCACAGUCAACCCUGCCCUCACCCCUUCCAAGGAGAAGAAAAAGAAGGACAAGAAGAAGAAGGAGCCUAAAGAAGUAGAAAACCCACUGACUCCUGGCAAAGCUUGCAGAGCAGAGGAAGGCAAGAGCCCUUUCCGGGGGGAAUCCAGUGACCUGGGGACGAAAGGUGAGGGGCUGCUGAAUGGCUCAUCUGACCCUCACCAGAGCCGACUGGCCAGCAUCAAGGCCGAGGCAGAUAAAAUCUACAGCUUCACUGACAAUGCCCCAAGCCCCUCCAUCGGUGGUACCAGCAGACUGGAGAACAACAACCCCACCCAACCCAUGACCCCACUGCACGUUGUCACCCAGAACGGGGCAGAGGCGAGCUCAGUGAAGACAAACAGCCCAGCCUACUCAGACAUCUCUGAUGCUGGGGAGGAUGGGGAGGGCAAGCUGGAGAGUGUGAAGGCCAAGGACCCAGAGCAGCUGGUCAAGGAAGGCGCCAAAAAGGCUCUUUUCCCCCCACAACCACAGAGCAAAGAGUCUCCCUAUUACCAAGGCUUUGAAACAUACUAUUCCCCUGGCUACCCCCAGGCAAGCCCAGGGCCCUUGAACCCGAGCAGCCAGACUGCAGCCGAGACGCAGGCCUUGAAGCUGAAGAAGGAUGAGGAGCAGGAGAACCCGGAGGUGAAGGUGAAGAGUGAGGGCUGCGAGGAGAAGAAGGCAGAGCUCGGUGGCUCCGGCCAGCAGCCCUCCGUCAUCCAGCAGCGUCCUAACAUGUACAUGCAGUCUCUCUACUACAACCAGUAUGCCUAUGUGCCCCCCUAUGGCUACAACGAGCAGGGCUACCACGCUCACCUGCUGAGCACCAACCCUGCCUACCGCCAGCAGUAUGAGGAGCAGCAGAAGCAGCGGCAGAGCCUGGAGCAGCAGCAGCAGCGAGGGCUGGAGAAAAAAGCGGAGCUGGGCUUGAAGGAAAGGGAGGCAGCACUCAAAGAGGAGUGGAAGCAAAAGCCAGCCAUGCCCCCAACGCUCACCAAGGCCCCAAGCCUCACAGACCUCGUCAAGUCGGGACUGAGCAAGGCCAAGGAGCAGGGAGGUCCCGAUAUGGCCAAAUCCGUCAUCAUCCCCAAGCUGGAGGAUUCGUCCAAGCUGUCCGGCAGCCAGGUCGCCGAGGGGCUCAAGGUAAAGCUGAGUGAGGCCAGCCACCUCGGGAAGGAGACCGCCGAGACGAAGGCUGGCUCCGAGUGUGGCCGGCAAGCGGAGGUGGACCCUCUGCUCUGGUACAGACAGGAAGCCGAGCCCCGAAUGUGGACCUAUGUGUACCCGGCAAAGUACUCGGACAUCAAGACAGAGGAUGAGCGGUGGAAAGAGGAGAGGGAGCGGAAGUUGAAGGAAGAAAGAAAUCGAAGCAAAGAAGCCUCAUCCAAGGAGGAUGGGAAGGAGAGCACCAGCUCUGAAUGCAAGCUGACCCCCACUGAGGAGGCUCGCAUGGUGGGGAAGGACCCCAGACCCAGUGUCCAUGUCCCCGUGUCUUCACCCCUCACACAGCACCAGUCCUACAUCCCUUACAUGCACGGCUACUCCUACAGCCAGUCCUACGACCCCAACCACCCCAGCUACCGGGCCAUGCCCACCGUCAUGAUGCAGAACUACCCAGGAUCAUACCUACCCUCCAGCUAUUCCUUCUCCCCAUAUGGGAGCAAAGCCUCCAGCAGUGAUGACAGUGACAAGUCUCGAGCCAGCCCCAGCGUGAGCUGUAAGUCCAGCUCAGAGUCAAAGGCCCUGGACAUUCUGCAGCAGCACGCCAGCCACUACAAGAGCAAAUCACCCACGAUAAGUGAAAAGACAUCUCAGGAGCGUGACCGCGGUGGCUGCGGGGUUGUGGGAGGCGGCGGCAGCUGUAGCAGCGUCGGAGGAACCAGCGGGGGCGAGAGGAGCAGCGACCGACCCCGCACCUCACCAUCUCAGCGCCUGCUCUCAACACAUCACCACCACCACCACCUUGGGUACUCGCUGCUGCCAGCACAGUACAACCUGCCCUAUGCAACAGGUCUCUCCUCCACAGCCAUUGUCGCCAGCCAGCAAGGCUCUGCUCCCUCCCUGUACCCACCAACCCGGAGGUGAGAAUGGUAAGGGCUCUGCUCCCGCCGCACCAGCACGGCCUCCCCACUUCACCUGCAGGCAACUGGGCUGGGGCAGAGGUGGCCGGGAUGGGGGUGCAGGGGAUGCCUCUGAGGGGUUGGGGUUCGCCCGUUGCCCCGGUGCUAGUGGGGCUGACUUACUUUGGGCCGUAGCAGGACGUGACACGCUGGGACGCCUGGGCUGUACAAGACAUGUGACUGGCUCACAUGGGGACGCGCUGGAGACUCCGUUAGACAUCAGUUGAAUGGUGUUAAUUGUUCUGCUUGACGUUCCUGCCAUGAUGAGGCAGACUCUUGUCUUCUCCCCUGCCCUUGGACACACAUUGGCCCCCCCCCUUACUCCCUCCCUUUUGGCAUGUGGCCAAGCUGGUACCUGCGGAAAUAUUUAUUCUCCUGGGCACCAGCGCUUUGGAUGGAGGUGACUCACCUGCCUGGUGCAUAUGAAGAGGAAACUGAAGCACUGAGGUUUCUUGAUGAAUUUGGGACCCUGCCGCAUGUUUGCGAGCUGCUGCUUCAUGAAGGGGUUGGAGUGCCUGUGGGACUGGGGACAGACAGGGGGUGCUGCCUCCUGCCUGUUCCUCACUGGGGCUGGAAGGGCGAGGAUGAGCUCCCCAUGGAGUUGCAGUCUUGGGAUGGGAAGGGCUGGCUCAUGCAGAGCCCAGGUGGGUGUCAAGGGUGCUGAGGGAUGGGUGUCAGCCUGGCCGGAGGCAGCUAUGGAGCUGCAUGUGGGGACAUGCUGCAUGUGGGGCUCCCACUGCUGAUCCUGUACCCCACAGCACCCACUGCUCUCUGCCUGCCUGGGCAGGAGCCACGGGCAUGUGGCUAAUGGCCAGAGAAGUGAGGGAGCUGGGGGCUGCCAGGGCUCCCCCCAGUGCCUUGCAGGGUCUGGAUGUGCCUGAAGCUCCUGCUUAUGGCUUUCAAGUUGGUUUUGUGAUUCUGCAGACCUCAGACCUUUCCUCUGCCCUCCAGCCCUGGAGAGUACUCCCCAAACCCCCGGGGAGUGCAUCCUGCCCGGGCCUGCGGGGUGAGGGCUGUGGCUCUCCAUUGCAUCCACCUGCUCUUAAAGUAGUUUUCCCAGGCAGAGCCCAGCAAGGAACAGCACACUUGGGCUCUGCCAGAGGCACUUGGGGUUGUGCUGGUCCCUGCUCCAGCCUUGUGCCUGGGCUCAGGGCACCAGGCCCUGGGGGUUGCCAGUCCCCACUCUUGGCUGCUCCCCAGUGCCCCAGGACAGGGGCUUUCUGGUCCUCUGCUUCCCCAGCCCCAGCGUGGCUCUCCCCAGGCCGAUGCUCUACCUCGGCUCCGUGGCAGCCGGGAUGCCCCCGGCUCGCUCCCCACUGCCCAGCCUGGGGGCACAUGGGGGCCAUCAGUCUCGGUUGUGUCUGUGUGUGUCCGCGUCGCACCCGGCCC